AUGAGCGACACUUCCAGGUUGCUGCACUACCAGAACUGGCGCUCUGGCCAAAGUCCAGUGAUGAUCUGCACAAGCGCAUUCAGCACAGGCAAUGAUUAUCCUAGUGUCCGACUGGUGAUCCACCUAAAGACACCGCUGGAGAUGUCUGAGAUCAUUCAGGGUCAAGGCCGAAGUGGAAGGGAUGGACUUCCUGCCAGAUGUUACAUGCUUCCUUCAACAUCACCUCCCAAGAUCAAAAUAGACCGAUCAGAGCUA